UAGAAUGUGAUGAUGUGAGCAAAGGAAAGCGGUAGACCAGGUCCAGCGCAUGCCAGAAGUACCAUUUGGCAUUCGGCGUUGCGAUGCUAACUGCUAACCGAGAGAAACUGCUCAUCAGCUCCAUGAGUCAUUGCUGUUCACUACUCUCUCGUCGUUCUCUCACGUCAAUGCUCCCCCCCUCCCCCUGACCUUGCUUCCUUCAUCUCUGCUUCCUUCAAUCACCUUAAUGGAUCCUAAUCUUUCAAAGUUCCCCAUUUUGUCCUACAUCUUCUCCCAACAAGAUCCUUACAAUUACCCAUCACUCCCUCCCCAAAUCCGCCAGGAUUUACUCACCCGUUUCCCCCAUUUACCCGAUCCAUCAAUCCUUGCUUCACUUUCCCGAUCCAUCCCCACCUCCGUCACCCAAACCCAUUCCCUCCUACGCUCCCUAGGACCUCGGCCCGAUCCAUCAGCUGUCUCCGCCGCUCGUUCCAAGAUUACCCACAUUCAAGAAACCCAAUCUUCCUUACAGGAGGCCGACAUAUAUAAGACCGUGCUUAGAUUGGAAGGCUUGCACGAGGAUUAUGAGAGACAGUUGACUGAGGUGGAGGAGAAUCUGGGUCGUCUGUAUUGCUCAGCUGUCGAGCAAAUGAACGGCGAUGAUGAAGUAAAUGAGGAUGUUGUGAGGAUAUUGAAAGAAGCUGAGAAUGGGGUGGUUGAAAGAGUUGAGCUUUCUGGAAGACAGUUGAGGCUAUUGCCUGAGGCCUUUGGUAAACUUCACGGUUUGGUUUAUCUCAAUCUUUCCAAUAACCAGAUAGAGGUCAUUCCUGAUUCGAUUGGAGGACUAAAGAAACUUGAGGAGCUUAAUGCAUCCUCCAAUCAUUUGCAACAUCUGCCUGACUCCGUUGGUUUGUUGCUUAAUCUGAGGAUCCUCGAUGUCUCGGGAAACAAGCUAAAUGCCCUCCCGGAAAGCAUUGCACGAUGCAGUUCACUGGUCGAGUUGGAUGCAAGCUUUAACAACCUUACAUUUCUGCCUAACAAUAUUGGAUAUGGGCUCCUAAAUCUUGAAAAGCUGUCAAUCCAGCUGAACAAGAUCCACUUCCUACCAUCAUCAAUCUGUGAAAUGAGGUCCUUGAGGUAUCUGGAUGCUCAUUUCAAUGAGCUUCAUGGCUUGCCACAAGUGAUUGGGAGAAUGACAAAACUUGAAGUCCUGAACCUUAGUAGUAAUUUCAAUGACUUCACAGAACUUCCUGAUACUAUUAGUGAUCUGACCAAUCUCCGGGAACUCGAUCUCAGCAACAACCAAAUCCGGGCUCUGCCUUGCACAUUCGGCCGCCUUGGGAAACUAGUGAAGCUCAAUUUGGACCAGAAUCCGCUCAUAGUGCCUCCCAUUGAGAUAGCAAAUAAGGGGGCUGAUGCUGUGAAAGAUUACAUGUCGAAAAAGUGGCUCGACAUAAUCACGGAGGAGCAAAGGAGAAUCAAUCUUGAAGCAAGUAAUCAGCAAGGUCAGAUGGGAUGGUUGUCAUGGGGAACUUCAUUGGUGAGUAACGCCAUCUCUGGGGUUUCCCAAAGUGUUGGGGAAUACCUGAGUGGGCCAAAGGCUCCUAGGGAUCCGUAUCUGGAUCAACAACUGUGAUCUCUUGGUGCUCGAUGUGUAGCUGUUUCAAGAGAUUCUAGUAGCCAAAUAAGAGUAGCUUAGCAACUACAAGAUUUGUGUAUAUAUGCUCUGUAAUAAUGAGGAUACCCCGGAUAUACAUGCGUGGGAGCUGAAUAGACGCAAUGUGAUUUGUGUAUAGUGGCUUCAAAGCCGUCGUUGGGUUUGGCUCCUUUAAGCUGCUAACUCCAAAAUAAAUAGGUUGUUUUCUUAAACUUGACAAUGUAGUUGAAUGUUUUUAUUUUC